AUGCUCCCCCGCCCCCUCAUAACCUCCACCUUCGGCCUGCAGUACCGACGCAUCCCCAUUCUAGCAAUCGGGCGACACAUCUACUGCGACACCUCGCUCAUAAUCGAGGCUUUGGAGCAUUUCUUCCCUGCAGAUCAGGGCUGGGGUACUGUGUAUCCGGAAGCACAGGGUUUGGGAGUAGGAGAGUGGAAGUAUAGGGCGAUGGCGAGGGGGUUUGCGGGGUUUUGGACGGAUAAACCGUUAUUCAGAACAACCACAGGUUUCAUCCCCCCCUCCGUCUGGUCCUCGGAUUUCGGUAAAGACCGCGCCCAAUUAAUCGGGCACCCUAUCCAGCCCGAAAAGCUGCAGGCUAAGAUUCCGGAUAACCUUUCGCUUCUGGACAUGCACCUUUCGAUGCUGGAACCGAUGUUCACGUCUGGAACGUGGGCGAUGCCGACGCAGACGCCGAGCUUGGCGGAUUUGAGUUUGUACUAUCAAUUAAGGUGGGGUAUGGAUAUUGGGGCUGGGAGGGGGAUUGGGGAUUUGAGUGGGGGUGGGGCGAGGGAUACGGAUGGGGAGGAGGAUGUUGUGGGGCUGGUGUUUAAUGCGGAGAGGUAUCCGGGGUUGAUGAGGUGGUUUGAGAGAUUUGAGGAGUAUAUUGAUGGGCUGCCUGAUACGCAAGUAACGGUGAAGAAAGGCGAUGUGCAGUGGAAGGAGGCGCUGCGACGGACGCCUUUGUUGAAAGAUGAGGAGCUGUUGGUUCCUACGGCGGUUGCGCCGCAUGAGACUCUUGACACGAGGAGAGGGAUGGUACCGGGUGUGGGUGUGAGUGUUGUACCAGAUGACACUGGGCGCGGUAACCCUACGAAGGGUACGUUGGUGAAGAUUGGAAGUGAGGAGGUUGUCAUCAAGCCGGAUGAGAAGGCCGAGUUGGAUAUCAGAAUCCAUUUCCCGCGCCUGGGGUUUAUUGUGAAGGUUGCGAAGGGAAGUCGAUUGUAA